GCUGCGGACCCACGUAAGAAACAUCUUCAUCUUCUCAGUUCCUUGGCUUGGUUAUCCUAGGAAAGGAAAAAUACCAAGCAAUACUAUGACUGAGUGAGCGCGAAAAUGGGUUGCGUAAGCUCCAAGGAGGACAUCAACGACAUACAUCCGCGCGUGUUCACCGUGUACAAUGUCGGGGAGGAGGGCGAGACGUUCAGUCCGGGCAAGAUGCACAUCACCGACGCUGAGCUGAUCUUCUACCCGCGCGGCAAGGAGCCCAUUCUCUGGCCGCUCAAGUGUCUGCGACGAUACGGCUUCGACGCCGAGCUCUUCUCGUUCGAGUGCGGACGAAGGUGCCACACCGGCGAGGGAGUCUACGCGUUCAAGUGCCGGCGGGCCGAGCAGCUGUUCAACGUGCUGCAGGAGUGCGUGCAGAGCGCCGGCCACACGCCGGGCGACCCCCCGGACGGUAGCGGCCCGACGAUCCUGCGCAGCGCCACCACCAGCCGCCCGGCGUCCGACUCCGAGCUGCCGGCGACGCCCGCUCUCUCGUCGUCCUCGCACCCGCAGUCGAACGGCGGCGUCGUCGUCGACGCAGCGGCUGUGGGGACGCAUCCCGCGGGCCGCGCCGCCGCCGCCACCGCCGCCGCCCAGGCGAUCUACGUCAACGACGGCGACGACGACGCGGCGCCGGCGAGUCCGAAGAGCGCGGCGUCAUCGCCGCCGCACGCGCACGACUACGUCAACACCCCGCCCGUGUUCGUCGGGUUGCCCGCGGCGACGACGACGGAGCGCGCCGACUCGCAGACGUCGCGGCCCGGCUCGCAGGUGAGCACGGGUAGCCACGGCAACGGGUACGCGCGCGAGAAGCUCGGCUCGGCGGUGAACGGCGCGUCGGAGACGUCGGCGGCCGCCGAGGGCUAUGCAAUGAUCGACUUCGACAAGACGGUGGCGCUGUCGAAUUCGGCGAACCCGAGCCUGCAGAACGACGACGGCUCGUCGCGCAAGACGCGCCACAACAGCACGAUCGCGCCGACGGCCGCCGCGUUGCAGUGA